AUGAGUAAAAAAAAUUCUAUAAAUUCUCCUAUGUGCAAAAGCCCUAGAUUUUUGGGGCCUCCAACAAGCCCGAAAGUAGGGCCAAUUCCAAACUUCAAUUUACUCACUCAAACCCCGGUAAAAAAAGGAGGAAGGGAAAAGCAAGAUUCUGAUGAUAAAGGAUUAUUCCAAAACCCAUUACAAAAUGAAAUUAGGACGAAAGUUCUAAACGAUCCUUGUAAUGUUGGUCCCACUUGUUGUUGAAAUCAAAUCAACCCCCCGGAAUGAUUCCAAAAGGAAGCGAAAAGAAACGUCAACUAGUAAGUCAAAAAAAGUCACUGACGACUCUGAUUUCGAAGAAGAAACUGAGCAUCCUGAAGCCAAAAAAAGUAAGGUUGAGAAAGGUGGUGCAGUAAAGAAGACGAAAGUCGAGAAAGGUGAAACAUCAAAGAAGAAGAAAGUCAAGAAAGGUGAAACAUCAAAGAGGAAGAAAGUCGAGAUAUGUGAAACAUCAAAGAGGAAGAAAGUCGAGAAAGGUGAAACAUCAAAGAGGAAGAAAAACAACCCGACAAAGAAGACACAGACUCAUUGGUGUUCUUACACCAACGUGGAAGCCCCACUUGAAGUUAAGGACCGCCUUAACGACGCGCAAUUGAAGCUGUUUAGGGAGUCCCCUUUUGGGUUAUUUCUGGAUUUGCCAAAGCUGAAUGUUCAGCCACAGCUAAUUCGAAGCCUGAUGUAUGCCGAGACAGAGCAUGAUAGGGAUGAUAUGUUUAUCAUCAAUUUGAAUGGGAAAGAGCUUCGUUUCGGCAUUAGAGAGUUUGCCAUCGUGACUGGUUUAAAAUGUGGCAUGGACAGCGAAUUUGUCUCGGACCCCGAUUCCCCCAACAGACUGAUGGAUAUGUACUUUAACGGACUAACCAAAGUGCCGAAAAAUGAUUUGAUUGAGCUUUUUCAAGACAAAAAAAAGGAAAUUGGGGAUGCUGAUGCUUUUAAGAUAGCAAUACUUUAUUUUAUCAACACAUUCUUAUUCUCAACUGAGAGUAAUAAAGCAUUUGUUCCCAAGUUACACUUUGACUUGGUUGAAAGCGGAGAAUAUAUGAAUUAUCCAUGGGGAAAUGAUUGCUUCAAAGCGCUGUUGUCUUCAAUCAGUCACAAGUUGGCGAAUGAUCCAACCUACUAUAGGUUUGAGGGUUUUCCCCUGGCCAUUCAAGUAUGGUUUUAUGAAUGCUGCUCGAAGGUAGAUCCUACGGUUGCGACCCGUAUUGGAAACCACUUCCCUCGUAUUUUUAAUUGGCGAACAACUUCGCAAAGAAUCUACUUUGCCCAUCUGAAGAAGGGGAUGUUCAAAAAGUACAGCAAUCAGCUGGUUUUUACCAACAUUCUCCCAACAGAUGAGGAGAAGGUAGCUAUCAACUUUAUGGAGUUUCCAGAAGAGACAGCGGUCAAAGAUGUGUUAGAACCACAGGAUCCCACACAGUCGAGUCCCUCUGUACGUGGUUCUGAAUUUGAUGCGUUGAAGAAGGAAGUUGCAAAUGUCCGCAAAGAUCUUAAAUCAUUUGAGAAAAAGGUCGGUGAACAGUUUGUUGACAUGAAGGACUACAUGGACAAGUCAAUUAUGAAUUUACUUAAAGAUCUAAAGUCCAUGUUUGGCAGGCAAACUGAAACUCCUGAAGCUAAGAGGUCUGGCAGUGUUAAGGAUGUUACAAAAGAACCAAAUACAAGCAACAAGAAGGAUGGACUUCAGCACAACCUAUAUUUUGAUUUUGAUGAACCGAUAGGUGAUUUUGACAUUGGUGGGCAGGAUGUAGGUGAGCAAAUAUCCAAUCACAUGGUAGUAGAUGCAUCUGCUUUGAAGAAUGGGAUUAAUGCUUCUAUUCCAGUUGGUGAGCAAGUUGGAGAUGGUGAAGCAUGUGAUAAAUAUAUAGUUGACCCAGAAGAAUUGAAGAGUCAUCCUAUUGAUACUCUGAUUUCAGAACAUAAUCUAGAUGAUGUGGUUGCUGGCAUUGAUAAGUUGGGUGCUUUGGGCAAUUCUGCCACUAAGAUCCCUACCCUUGAUGAUUUUGAAAUGCCUCCGAGUCAUCUCCUGUUGGAAGGGGAUUCAGAUUCUCGUAUUAGAGUGGAUGAAGCACUUGAUCAUUUGUAUUUUACUGCUUCUAUAUAUAUUGGCAUAUUCUACUACUGUAUUGCCUUGGUACUUUGCCUUGUGGUUUGA